AAAUGACAUGAUGCAACAUUUUCUCUUGCAGGGAAAAUGCAACAAAUUCGCCCAUGUCCAUCAAAGAGCAAGAGAUGACUGAAGUGAGCAUUGCUGAAGUCUCCCUCCGCGCGUAUAACGAAUCCAAGACUGUGCUCCCACCGCCCACCACAGCUGAGGUCACGCAGUGGAGAGACCAAGAGUGCGGCUUUAACGCCGCCGUCUUCUGGAGACAAUGCAACACGGCAGGAUGCACGGAAGCCAUCUUCAAUGAUUUCCUAAAUUACAUGAAGGACAUGUCCGAGAGGAUCCAGCAUCAAACGGCCAGCAAGGAAGAUUAUGACGUGGCGCUCAAGGUUAUGAUGGCUUCUGGGAAAAUAACGCAGAUGCUCAGCAAACAGCAAAAAGAGUUGGAGAAGAAACAAAUGGCUGUGCAGAAAUCGAUGGCGGCGAUGCAAGAUGUCGUGUCUUUGCUGAGGAGAUGAGUUCACCACCUUCCCGUCUGGGUUAUUUAUUGUUUCUUCUCUCAUUUCCAAGUACUGUACGUGAACUCGCCACAAAACAAGACUUGUUCUAAAGGAAAACUGGUAUAAAACUUCGUAAGUGGUCUGCCAAAUAAAAUGUUUGUAAGUUGGGGGGGACCCCCCAGUGGUCACGGGAAUAACUGAAAUGAAAUCAAUUCAUGCAAGCGGGGCGCUGAGCCUCUAGGUGACGUGGUUAGACGACGAGAGCGUCAAACAGAAAGGUAUGAUAAGCGAAGACUUGAUAUAGAAUUUAAAUAUUAAAAUAAACCCCCAAUUGUACCACGA